GGGUUCCUGACAGGCUAAAUUUCGGGCGAUAAAAACGAACGAUACUUAUAAAUAGGUGUUACUUCAAUCUCGUGAUAAAGCGCAAUAGGAAGUGGGAGGCUGUUGUUGCGUUCACGCCAACUGAAGCGCGUCAAAGGGUCAUACUUGAAAGAAAGCAUGGACGUCCGAGCAGGUUUCAUCGUCUCCCUCUGCUUGAUGGGAUUCACCUGUGCUGUGCCAGUGAAAUUCAUAGACUGCGGCUCCUGCUCUGGAAAAGUGGUCAUGGUUGACAUAAGCCCUUGCCCCAAUCAGCCAUGCCAGCUACACAAAGGACAGUCCUACAGUGUCAACGUGACAUUCACCAGCACUGUGGAGAGCAAGACAAGCAAAGCAUUGGUUCACGGUAUUAUUGCUGGAGUUUCUAUCCCCUUCCCCAUUCCCAAGGAAGACGGCUGCCAGUCUGGAAUCCAGUGUCCCAUCCAGAAGCAGCAGACCUAUCACUAUCAGAACACUCUACCUGUGAAGUCUGAGUAUCCCGCAAUAAAGCUGGUUGUGGAGUGGGAACUGAGAGAUGACAACAAACAAGACUUGUUCUGCAUCAGGUUCCCAGUUCAGAUUGUGAGCUAAACUAGCAACAAUACAGACAAAUGUUUUUUUUGUUUUGUUUUUUGUCUUUUUUUUUUUUAAAAGGGAUUCAGCUUUGAGUAAAAACCUAAAUGUUAAUAAUUCCAGUUAAGAUCUCAUUUUAUUAAUUAAUCAUUUGAUUUUAAGAUGUAUGUCUUUCACUAGUUUGCAAGACUUUGCUGCAUACACACACAUCGUAAAUAAUACUGAGGCAAAUAAAAGGUUGAUUUUUGCUGCGACAGUCGCUCUUAAGAGUUGUGGAUGGGAAAUAAUGUGGUUAGUUUGUGAAUGACCCUGACUUAACUACAUUCCACUGCAAUGCAAAUGGUCUUGGCUUACUGGCUGCUGUGUAGUCAGAAAAAGUACACACUGUGCUUUUUCUUUACGAAAAUUUUUGUAACAUUUCUUACUGACAUUGUGCUACCAAAUGAAAAGUAAAUUAUAAUAAAGAAAUCGAAUGUAUA